AUGGCAGAAACAUAUGAUGUCGGCACCCGGGCGUGGCAGCCCGACACGGCCGAGGGCUGGGUCGCUUCAGAGGUGGUCAAGAAGAGCAUCGAGGGAUCAAAGGUGAUCCUCGAGUUCAAGCUCGAGAAUGGAGAGUCAAAAACUGUCGAGGUCUCGGCAGAUGCCCUGCAGAGCGGCAACGAUGCCUCAUUACCUCCGUUGAUGAACCCGACCAUGCUCGAAGCGAGCGACGACUUGACCAACCUGUCGCAUCUAAACGAGCCAGCUGUCUUGCAAGCUAUUCGUCUUCGAUAUGCCCAGAAGGAAAUCUACACAUACUCCGGCAUCGUGCUGAUAGCAACCAACCCCUUCGCUCGCGUCGACUCCCUAUACGUCCCCGGUAUGGUGCAGGUCUAUGCUGGCAAGCAGCGGGCGACGCAAGCCCCUCAUCUGUUCGCUAUUGCCGAGGAGGCCUUCAUGGACAUGCUUCGAGAUGCAAAGAACCAAACGAUCGUGGUGUCGGGAGAGUCUGGUGCUGGAAAGACCGUCAGUGCUAAGUACAUCAUGCGGUAUUUUGCUACGAGAGAAUCCCCCGACCACCCCGGCGAUCGGUCAAAGAAGGGCGCCGAGGCCAUGAGCGAGACGGAAAAGCAGAUUCUGGCGACCAACCCUAUCAUGGAGGCCUUCGGAAACGCAAAGACAACUCGCAAUGACAACUCGUCCCGAUUCGGCAAGUACAUCGAGAUCAUGUUCGACAAGCAGACCAACAUCAUUGGCGCCAAGAUCAGGACCUACCUUCUCGAGCGAUCCAGGCUUGUCUUCCAGCCCCUCAAGGAGCGCAACUACCACAUCUUCUACCAGAUGGUGGCCGGCCUCACAGAGAAGCAGCGACAAGAACUCAACAUCCUCCCGAUCGAGCAGUUCGAGUACCUUAACCAGGGCAACACUCCGACGAUCGAUGGAGUCGACGACAAGGCAGAGUUCCUAGCCACAAAGGCAUCUCUGAAGACAAUCGGCGUGGAGGAUAGUGCGCAAGAUGAGAUCUUCAAGCUGCUCGCCGGUCUGCUACACCUUGGCAACGUCAAGAUCGGUGCCUCGAGGACAGACAGUGUUCUUGCGCCUACGGAGCCGUCCUUGGAGAAGGCUUGCGAGAUCCUGGGCAUCAAUGCUGCCGAAUUCGCAAAGUGGAUUGUCAAGAAACAGCUCGUUACCAGGGGCGAAAAGAUCACCUCCAACUUGACCCAGGCACAGGCCAUUGUCGUCAGAGAUUCCGUCGCCAAGUUCAUCUACUCGAGUCUGUUCGACUGGCUCGUUGACAUCAUCAACCGCAGCUUGGCGACGGAGGAAGUCAUCAACCGUGUCAGCUCGUUCAUUGGUGUUUUGGAUAUCUACGGUUUCGAGCACUUUGCCAAGAACUCAUUCGAACAGUUCUGUAUCAACUAUGCCAACGAAAAGCUGCAGCAAGAGUUCAACCAGCAUGUCUUCAAGCUCGAGCAGGAAGAGUAUCUGAAGGAAAAGAUCGACUGGACUUUCAUCGACUUCUCCGACAAUCAACCCUGUAUCGACCUCAUCGAAGGGAAGCUGGGUAUCCUCUCCCUCUUGGACGAAGAGUCAAGGCUGCCUAUGGGCUCUGACGAGCAAUUUGUGACCAAGCUGCAUCACAACUACGCUGCUGAUAAGCACCAGUUCUACAAGAAACCAAGGUUUGGCAAGUCCGCUUUCACGGUGUGCCAUUAUGCCAUCGACGUCACCUAUGAAUCGGAAGGCUUCAUUGAGAAGAACAGAGAUACUGUGCCGGACGAGCACAUGGCUGUUCUCCGAGCUUCCAGCAACAAGUUCCUCGGUCAGGUCCUCGAGGCAGCGUCAGCCGUCCGCGAGAAGGACCUUGCUUCUGCGUCUACCGCUGUGAAACCUGCUGCUGGCCGAAAGAUUGGUGUCGCAGUCAACCGAAAGCCUACGCUGGGUGGCAUCUUCCGCUCGUCCCUGAUCGAGCUGAUGAACACCAUUAACAACACUGAUGUGCACUACAUUCGUUGCAUCAAGCCCAACGAGGCCAAGGAGGCCUGGAAGUUCGAGGGGCCCAUGGUUCUCAGCCAGCUGAGAGCUUGUGGUGUCCUCGAGACUGUGCGGAUCAGUUGUGCUGGUUACCCUACCAGGUGGACAUAUGAGGAGUUUGCGCUCCGCUACUACAUGCUUGUCCCCUCUACCCAGUGGACUGCGGAGAUCCGGCAGAUGGCAGAUGCUAUCCUUACCAAGGCCCUUGGUGCUAGCACCGGCAAGGGUCUGGACAAGUAUCAGCUGGGUCUGACGAAGAUCUUCUUCCGGGCCGGUAUGCUCGCCUUCCUCGAGAACCUGCGCACCAACAGGCUCAACGAGUGCGCCAUCAUGAUCCAGAAGAACCUGCGAGCCAAGUUCUACCGCCGCAGGUAUCUGCAGGCUCGCGAGUCGAUUGUUGCUUGCCAGGCUAUGACCAGAGGUCACCUGGCCAGGAAACGGGCUCAGGAGUUGCGCACUGUCAAGGCGGCCACGACUAUCCAGCGAGUCUGGCGCGGUCAGAAGCAAAGGAAGCAGUUCCUGCGCAUCAGGGCCGAUCUGGUCCUGGCCCAGGCUGCCAUCAAGGGUUAUCUGCGGAGAAAGGAGAUUAUGGAGACCCGCGUCGGCAAUGCCGCUCUACUCAUCCAAAGAGUGUGGCGGUCUAGGCGCCAGCUUCGGUCGUGGAGGCAAUACCGCAAGAAGGUCACCCUCAUUCAGAGCUUGUGGCGUGGUAAGCGGGCCCGCCGCUCGUACAAGAAGGUUCGCGAGGAAGCUCGCGACCUCAAGCAGAUUUCAUACAAGCUUGAGAACAAGGUUGUCGAGCUUACGCAGUCCCUGGGCACCAUGAAGACUCAGAACAAGGAGCUCAAGAGCCAAGUCGAGAACUACGAGGGCCAGAUCAAGUCAUGGAAGACCAGGCACAACGCCCUCGAGGUUCGGAACAAGGAGCUGCAGUCUGAGGCGAACCAAGCCGGUAUCGCGGCCGCCCGCCUCUCGCAGAUGGAGGACGAGAUGAAGAAGCUCCAGCACAACUUCGAGGAGUCGGCGCUGAACGUCAAGCGAAUGCAGCAGGAGGAGCAAGAACUCAAGGAGUCGCUCCGCGCCAGCGUCGGCGAACUGGAGGCUGCCAAGCAAGAGGUCACUCGCUCCGAAACCGAGAAGAACUCUCUGCGCCAGCAGAUCCUCGAGCUCCAGGACGCUCUCGAACUUGCGAAGCGAUCUGCGCCCGUCAAUGGCGAGAUGGUCAAUGGUACGAACGGCGCCACCGGUCCCAUUGGCGGCGGUCUCAUCAACCUCGUCUCGUCGAAGAAGCCUAAGAGGAGGAGCGCCGGCGCAGAACCCCGCGAAAUGGACCGCUACAGCAUUGCCUACAACCCCAGGCCUGUUUCUAUGGCUCCCGUCACUGGUCGCCAGAACAUUGGUGGUGUUCCUGCAUUCGUCCCUGGUGUUGACAACAUUGAGCUCGAGCUCGAGUCGCUCCUUGCUGAUGAGGAUGGCUUGAACGAGGAGGUCACUCUGGGCCUCAUCCGCAACCUUAAGAUACCCUCUCCCGCUACCAACCCUCCUCCUUCGGACAAGGAGGUUCUCUUCCCCUCCUACCUUAUCAACCUCGUCACCUCGGAGAUGUGGAACAACGGCUUCGUCAAGGAGUCGGAGCGCUUCCUCGCCAAUGUCAUGCAGUCGAUCCAGCAGGAGGUCAUGCAACACGAUGGCGACGAUGCCAUCAACCCCGGUGCUUUCUGGCUCUCCAAUGUCCACGAGAUGCUCUCGUUUGUUUUCCUUGCUGAGGACUGGUAUGAGGCGCAGAAGACCGACAACUACGAGUACGAUCGGCUCCUGGAGAUUGUUAAGCAUGAUCUCGAGAGUCUGGAGUUUAACAUCUACCACACCUGGAUGAAGGUGCUCAAGAAGAAGCUCCAGAAGAUGAUCAUCCCGGCCAUUAUUGAGUCGCAGUCCCUGCCCGGUUUCGUUACUAACGAGAACAACCGGUUCCUCGGCAAGCUCCUGCAGUCCAAUUCGGCCCCGGCCUACAGCAUGGACAACCUGCUGAGCCUGCUCAACAGCGUGUUCCGCGCCAUGAAGGCGUACUACCUGGAGGACUCGAUCAUCAACCAGACGGUCACCGAGCUGCUCAAGCUUGUCGGCGUGACGGCCUUUAAUGAUUUGUUGAUGCGCCGCAACUUCCUCUCGUGGAAGCGAGGUCUCCAGAUCAACUACAACAUCACCCGUAUUGAGGAGUGGUGCAAGAGCCACGAUAUGCCCGAGGGCACGCUCCAGCUCGAGCAUCUUAUGCAAGCAACCAAGCUACUGCAGCUCAAGAAGGCGACCCUGAAUGAUAUCGAGAUCAUUCAGGAUAUCUGCUGGAUGCUCUCCCCCAACCAGAUUCAGAAGCUUCUGAACCAGUACCUGGUUGCCGACUACGAGCAGCCCAUCAACGGCGAGAUCAUGAAGGCCGUCGCCUCGAGGGUCACCGAGAAGAGCGAUGUGCUCCUUUUGCAAGCUGUCGAUAUGGACGACAGUGGGCCAUACGAGAUCGCCGAGCCAAGACAAAUCACGGCUCUUGAAACUUACACACCGUCUUGGCUCCAAACUCCUCGAUUGAAGCGUCUGGCCGAGAUUGUCUCGGCUCAGGCCAUCGCUCAGCAAGAGAAGUUUGACAUGUCGAGCUACGACGGCAACGACGACCUGGGUGAUGUCGAGGAGGCCCCCGAGGGCAUGGAGUCUGCCCAGGCUGUCGAGGCCAGCGCUUAG